UAUUAGUUAAUACCAAACCUCCUGCUUACGUGUUUCUUCAAAACCAUAUGAAUGUAAUCGCAUGUCUUCAGUAAGACGUUGAAACAGCAAUAGAACAAAAAAGUGGCGCUAAAAUUGUAGCGUGUGCGUUCUGAAUAAACUUUGCACUUGUAAGAUUAAUUAUUGAAAAAAAUAUAAUCGCAAAAUGGCUCGUGUUUUAAUUUUAAUCGCUUCAACGCUUCUAUACUCAUCUGUGAAUUCAAUGCCUGCUGUUCACACAGGACUUUUGCCAGAUUCUCAUAUUGUUGUUGCGCCAUUCAACAACCUUGCAGACGUCACCAAUAAAAAAAUCGCGCAAGUUAUCAAAACCAAAACUGUUACCCUUACACCUCCGUUUCCAGACUCAGGCCGAAAACAUGCAGUUCUAGAAUACGAAGAUCCGUUCAGUAAAAAGGAUUCAGCAUAUGGCCAGUUACAGCAGUUUGUGGCAAGUUUUUACAACCCUAAACCUAUUGUUGACACAAUACAAGAGCAUGAAAAGUAUGGUAAUGAUGGGGAGAAAUUUAGAAAGGUUGGAGUAGCUAUUGUUGGCGGAGUAGAGGGAAUUUCAAAUCUUAUCAAUGCUGCAAUUGAGAUACCUACCGAAACUGUUAAACAAAUAAGUCGAAAAAUUUCGGAUUCGUUGAAUUCGGUUGGAGCUAAAUUAGUAGGACUUUGAUUUUUGUAAUAAUCAGAAAGUUGUUAAGUGUUAGUCAUAUUUUUGUAAUUUUUACAAUAAAAUACUAAAAAUAG